AUGGCGGAAGGCAAGUACAAUCGCAAGAACCCCUCCGUCAAGAGGAUUUUGCAGGAGUUUAAGGAGAUGCAAUCGAAUCCCUCCGAUGAUUUCAUGAGCCUUCCUCUCGAGGAGAAUAUAUUUGAAUGGCAGUUUGCAAUUAGGGGGCCAAGAGACUCUGAGUUUGAAGGAGGAAUAUACCAUGGAAGAAUUCAAUUGCCUGCUGACUAUCCUUUCAAUCCACCUUCAUUUAUGCUGUUGACGCCAAAUGGUCGAUUUGAAACCCAAACCAAGAUCUGCUUGAGCAUCUCAAACCAUCACCCUGAGCAUUGGCAACCAUCCUGGAGCGUCCGCACUGCCUUGGUAGCUUUAAUUGCAUUUAUGCCAACAAGCCCUAAUGGGGCAUUGGGAUCCUUAGAUUACUCGAAAGAAGAAAGGCGAGCACUUGCAAUUAAGUCUCGUGAAGCUGCUCCAACUUUCGGGUCUCCUGAUCGCCAAAGGCUAAUUGAUGAGAUCCACGAAUAUAUGCUCAGUAAAGCCCAGUCAGUGCCUGAAGACGUUAAGCCCUCCGAAAAACGAAGCAUUGAAAGUAAUGAAAAUCAGCAGAGUCCUCAAAACAAUGUUGAGGGACAUACUGAAACACUUCCAAAUCCAGCUGAAAAUGAUGAAAUCAUCCAAGAACCUAUUGAGGUGGCUGCAAAUGCUAAUGCUGAACUGACCCCGCAGUCGGUCCCCAGUGUGCCCUCGACUGAACAUCAGCUGAUGCAGAAUCCAGAGCCAAGGGUUGUUCAAAAACCAAAACCAGCAGAUGAUCGUUUGUUCACAUGGGCGGCUUUUGGGCUUACCAUCGCCAUAGUUGUUCUUUUGCUGAAGAAGUUCUUGAAAGCCAACGGUUACGGUGCUGUCUUUUUGAAUGAGUCAUAA